AUGGCUGCUGAGCGGUCCGGACUGAUCUGCCCAAAGGGGCCUUUAGAUGAGCGGCUCGAUCAACUUCUUCGACAGUUCUGGGAAGUGGAAACCUGCACCGAUCCGAUUGUGAAGGCGUCAAAGGAAGAACUGGAUUGCGAGAGUCACUUUGUUAAAAACUUCGUGCGGGGUGAUACGUACUCACAGGCUCUACGUUGCUUCCAGUCGUUGGAGAGGAAACUGUCUCAUCAGCCCGAACUGCUCACUCAGUAUUCGGCAUUCAUAAAGGAGUAUCUUAACCUAGGUCAUAUGUCCCUGGUUCCGCCGGAGUUGCAUCGAGAUUGCAAAUAUUUUCUGCCACAUCACUGUGUGCUAAAGAAGGUCAGCACCACGAUGAAACUUAGAGUCGUGUUCGACGGUUCCGCUGUUACCACCUCCGGUUAUUCUUUGAAUGACAUAUUAAUGGUUGGGCCGGUCAUCCAACCUAAGCUUUUUCACAUCCUGCUGAGGUUUCGUUCGAAUCCGGUAGCGCUGACUGGCGACAUUUGUAAGAUGUACCGUUGUGUGAGGAUGGCGUCGUUUGACAGCUUCUUGCAGUGCAUUCUGUGGCGAGAUUCCCCUCUGGAGGAGCUACAAACAUAUAAAUUGGACAGUGUUACAUAUGGAACAAAGUCUGCGUCCUAUCUAUCCGUGCGAGCGACGCACCAAUUGGCUAUGGACGAGGUGGAAGACUUUCCAGUGGGAUCCGAAAUCUUGCUUUGA